AUGAUGGGUGUGCGUCUGCUAUCCGUUUUUUUCGUUGGAUUGAAAAGUGGUAAGUUGAUUGUGCAGUUUGAAGGGCUCUUUCGGAUGUCUCAGCAAAUGGACUCAACUCAACUUUCUGACAUUGCACCAGUUUUGACAGUUUUUUGUUUCCAUUUUUAUCCAGUUCCGUCUGUGCGUCUUGCCUCUGGCAUCGAGAUGCAACAAAGAUGGCCCUCCACAUUAGCCAAUAAUCAACAGCAGCAGCAAGCACAAAAAGAAGGACAAGCGCCGCGUUUGAUCGAAUUGACACCCACGAAGGGUUCGCAGGGAAUCGUCGUCACUGUUGUGGUACAAUCAUUACCGCAUCCUAUGGUCCCUGUGAAGUUAGCAUUCAACAGUUUAGUGGUCGAUACUAAGCAAAUGCAAGCACAAGGCAUUACCUCUCUUGCUGCUACUGUACCUCCUUUUCAACAUACACACUCUACUUCAGUGAAUGUUCCCAUCUCUAUCUGUAUGCUUGAUGGAGAUACUGUCACCGAGACAUGGCCAGUAGCUCAAUUUAUCUAUGAAUUCGAACCCAAAGAAUCAACCGUGUCCACUGCGACCACUCCUUUACUUACAAGUGCGCCUACCACAGCCUCUACCCUCACAGCGAACACCGAUCAAAGCGCUUUUCCACUGACUAAAUUGGAGCAUCCUCCCACCCCUUAUCAACCUACACCCUCCAAGGAGGAAAACUUUCUCGGUGGCACCACUUCCACAGCCACUUCUUGUUACAACAACUUUUAUGAGCAACCUGUGAAUGACUUUAACACUGUUCAAAAUCAGUCUUACAACUAUUCGUAUCAAAACAGAGAUAUUUUCAACAGUAACAAGUUCAAUUCAUAUAACCCCAACAAUGACACGAGCCGCUCCAAUAACCAACAACAACAACAACAACAACAACAACCACCACCAUCCUCCUUGAAUUUUGAUAACGGCACUACACCCUUCAGUCUCUUUCAGUCGGGUCAUGCUGGCUUUACCAACGUUUUAACUGGCUAUGAUCAGCCUGAUGCUACUCAAAUUUUACCUGCUCCCACUGCUCAUUAUUCUUCGAUGGUGCAGCACGAGUCCACACAGCAGCAGCAGCGAUCAUCUGCUCCUGUCACACCGUCCAUCUAUAGCUAUAACAAGUCUUAUAGUCUUCCCUCUACUUCUGUCGCCAAUUAUCAGCCUUAUCCUGGCCUGAUCAGCCGUGCCAACCUGAAAAUCAUGGGUGAUCUCGAUUCGAUGGCGAAAAGCUGGUCCAACGAAGAGUGGGAGCAUCGUCGUCGCCUCGUUCAGUUUUGGCGCGAACAAAACGGCAACGAAAUCCGCUGCACAUUUGAACCUGUGGCUCAAGGCGACCGAAUCUCUACAAGCAACGGUAAUAUUAUUGUGUCAUGCAUCUACUGGGCCGAGCGCAACGAUUGCUUCAUCACCUCGGUCGACUGUAUCCAUCUCUUGGAAAGUUUGAUGGACAUUCGCUUCAGCGUCGAAGAAAAGAACCGUGUGCGUCGUAAUCUCGAAGGCUUCCGUCCCUUGACCGUGAGCAAAUGCAAACCUGAUUCUGCUGAAUUUUUCAAAUUGAUCAUGAGUUUCCCCAACCCCAAGCCAAGGAAUAUUGAAAAGGAUGUCAAGGUCUUCCCUUGGAAAACCUUGCCUUAUGCCUUGAAAAAGAUUGUCACGAAAUAUACCGCCUCUUCUUACAACGCCAUCGGUAGCCAUACACAACAACAGCAACAACAACAACAACGUCGAACCCAACUCAAGAACGCGCUGAUCACUCCUACCCCUGCCCCUACCCCUACUCCUCCCGUCACUACCACCACCACCACCACCACACAUACGAACCCUGCUUUUACCGCUACCUCUUGUUUGGGCCAACCUACUCCUUCGCAAGACAAUACUCCGUCUUACAAUUUUUAUCCGCAACAGACAUACCCCUCUACCACAGAAGCUUAUCAUUCUUCUCCUCCUUAUAACCCUUAUGCAAAUUCUACGCCAUCGGGUCAACCACAGCAAAACAGUUAUGAACCAACCACCACCACCACCACCACCACCACCGCCGCCACCACGACUACUACCAUGAGCGCUCCCACUACCAUGUCCUCUCUAUAUCAAUCAACAUCUAUUCCUGCAUUUUCUUCUGCUGCUUACAAUACAACAACGGAUGCUUAUUCGCUACAACCAUUGCCAUCAUUGCAACCACAACAACAGCAACAAGAUCCAUACACAUUAUCCCCAUCGGCGUCUUAUGCUCCUACUACUACUACCACCACCACCACCACCCCCUCUCCAGGAAAUAUUUAA